UGACACGAACACAUCCGGCAAAAAGACAACUAAAAUUGUCAUUUCUUUAAGUGUAAAAUGUACUCAUGACUAAAAUAAACUUGAUAGAAAGAAGGCAUCGUGCAAUUUAUCUAAAAUAUCUCAUUAAGUCUUUUAAAUGAACGAGGAGGAAUUUUCAGAUUCAGUGAAAGGUCGUUCAAAACACUUAGACAAUGAAAAAGUUAUUUUCAUCCACCGCUCAACAAAACCCUUUGAUUGGCAAAAUAUUUCAGAUAGGAAAGUUUGCCGUGACAGUAGAAGAUGUAAUUGCACAAGGUGGUUUUGCGGUUGUGUUUCUUGUGAAGGCUGGUAAUGGUAUGCGAUAUGCUCUUAAACGAAUGUUUGUGAAUAACGAACAGGACCUUGCUGUGUGUAAGAAGGAGAUCCACAUUGCUAGAACGUUAAGUGGUCACAAGAACAUCAUCAAGUUUGUAGAGUCAUCUGUGACAGUAGCUCCCAACAAGGUCUUUGAAGUGCUCAUCCUUAUGCAGUACUGUAGAGGCUCUGUGAUACAGCUGCUGAAUGACCGUAUAGGUCAGGGUCUGGCUGAGAGGGAGGUGCUGAGGAUAUUCUGUGAUGUCUGUGAGGCAGUGUCCAGGCUCCACCAUUGUCAAACACCCAUCAUACACAGGGACCUUAAGUUGGAGAACGUUCUCAUAUCUGAGGAGGGCAAUUAUGUCCUCUGUGACUUUGGUAGUGCCACAGCUCGAGUGUUGGACAAGGAUCAGCAUGAUAUCAAACAGAUCGAGGAAGAGAUACAGAAGUAUACCACCAUAUCAUACCGGUCACCAGAGAUGAUAGACCUGUAUGGGGGCAAGGCAAUCACCACCAAGGCAGAUAUAUGGGCACUUGGAUGUCUCCUGUAUCGAUUGUGCUUCUUGACUUUGCCAUUUGGAGAAAGCUCACUGGCUAUUCAGAGUGGCAAGUUUACGAUACCGGACGACUCUCGAUUCUCCAGACACAUCCAUGUACUUAUUGGCUACAUGUUGACAGAAGACCCUGAAAAGAGGCCUGAUAUCUUCCAGGUCUCCUACCUUGCCUUCAAAAUGGCCCACAAGAACACUCCAGUCCCAAACAUGAAUAGUUCAUCCGUUCCUGACUUCAGUCAGCUGCCGGUGCCUCCUACAGAGAGUGAGGCCAGAGAGGUGAAGAACACUGCCAGGUCUGCCCCAGUCGCCCCCAGUGAGGGGAGCACCUCAGUUGCCCCUCGACAGAGACCCAAGGCUCAGCAGGGGGCAGUGGUGGCCAGCGCUGGACUCACACCGCCUGUGCAGACCACCAUCGCCCCGAGACAGAGACCCCAGCCAGGCUCAAAUAACCGAGAUCCAGCUCCGCAGCAGACACAACAACAACUUAUGCAGCAACAGCAGCAGCAACAACAACUUCUUCAGCAGCAGCAACAACAACAACAACUAUUGCUGCAGCAACAGCAGCUGCAACAAAAGAAACUUCAGCAACAACAACCCCAGCAACCAGUGUUUGCCCAACAGCCUGUUCCUAGCCAUGCACAGGCUUUGCCCAUGGCCAGUGUGACCAUGCCAUCUCCCCAAACACAGCAGUCCCCAAGUUUUAAUGCUGCAGGCGCAAGUGUGCCCCUGGCCCCCCAGUUCUACAGCCCAGCACAGCCUGGCCUCACCCCCCAGCAGUACCAGUACUACAUGCAGCAACAGAUGCUCCAACAACAACAACAGUAUCCCCAGGUGACCCCUACACUGCAGAUGGCCUAUCAACAGCAGAUGGCUUAUCAACGGCAGCAAUACAUGUUUAUGCAGCAGCAACAGAGGCAUCCCCAGCAACAAGCCCAGCCGUCAGAGUCAUCAGACGAGGAUCAGUUCAAUGUCCUGCUGCAAGAACGCUUACAGAUCCGCCCACCUGAUGCCUCAAACCCUGCCCAGGGGCCUGUCAAUGCCAGUAGCUCCGCCCCUGCCAUAAAUAACCACCAAUCAAGAAAUGCCUCCACCGGGGAAGAGCUCAUAGUGUUCAGUGAUAUAGAAAAGGACACAACCAACCAUAAUCCUGCAUUCCAAGAUUCUCGGUUUAAGAAACCGCCUAUAAAACCGCAAAAACCUCGGAAAUCUACUGCUGAGGGUCAACAACCACUUAUAUCAAUAACUCCGCCAUCAUCCCCCAAACCAAUGCCCCGAACUCAUCGCCGCAAUGUCAGUGACACCUCUGGGUACCGGAUGGGUGGGAAGGGAAGUGCAUUCCAUGCUUACGGGGGCUCAACCUCCGGCGAUAGCCUGACUGCUGUCUUUGACCAUAAAUCCAAGUCAGCAACUACUAGUCCAAUAAACUCGCCUCCAAGAACUCAAGGCAUGGCCCGCACAAUGUCUAUGGAUGAGUGGAAUCCAUUCGAAGAAGACAACUUUGGCAAUGAGACUGAGGACACCAUAUUUGGCAAAGAGUUUGACAAACUACGUAGAGGAUCCAAUAGCAGUAUAUCUAACGUGAAAAGCCGAGAAGACCUGGUGAUGUCUGGCUCUGAUUCAUCCACCGACCCAUUUCAGAACGCCCCCUUCAAGAAGGCGGUUGGCGAUUCAGAAAGUGAUGACAGUGAUCAUGAGCAGAUGGAGGGUUUGCAUGAAAAACGUCAACAUGAGGCAGAAACACAAAAUGUACCCGUGGAGAAAUUUCCUUCAAAUCCUUUGUCUAGAGCCUUAUCAAUGGCUUCUAAGUACAACAAGCUUGUUGACACUGGUGAUAGCAAAGAGCGGAUUGAUGUAGUGUCUAAUGAGAAAGAAAAGGAGGAUAAAAUUGGUUCCAAGUAUUGUAAAUUGGAUGAAGUUGAUGACAAUGACGUUAAAGACGAGAAAAGUGUGAAAACGAAAAUCACAAUUAAUGUGAACAGAUCUAAUAAUGUUGACGUUAAAGCUUACAAAGAACAAGCUGAAUUGGCGUCAGUUCAGAAAAAUCUUCCUAAGAAUACUCACAUAACGCCAUCUGGACAAGUAAUCAAACCUCGAAAACGCCGCGAGUCCAGUUCCUCUCACGCUGAUGAAGACUCUAUCUCGGAACAAAAAGGGACAGAAUUUUAUUACCGAGAGUUGGACGAUGAAUACGGCAGUCGACCAAGCGUGCACACCACGAAAAAGGAUCACGACGUUAUCUCCAUGAUCUCGACGUCUAGCCAAGAAUACGAUCCUACACCGAAACAUCACCCUAUACCAGCUCCUCGUAGAAGUAUAUCAGAGCAGGAUGUUGAGAGUACGCCACCGGAAAAACCAGACCCGAUAAUUGGGCAUGAGCACGGCGUUCGACCUCUUCUCGAUGACGAUGAGCUGGAAGAUGACUACAGGUCACAAACAAAUGCUGGACAGAAAGGUACUGAAACUGCUACUGACAGCAGACAAUUAAAAUACUCAUCUACUGGUGAUUCGGCGUCUUCUUCCCCAGUAAUGAAGCUUGAAAACACGGAUAUUUUCGGUUCUGCACCAUUUAAAAAGAAAAUAGUCCGCAAGAAGAGGCCUAGCUCCACCUUGCUGCAAGCUAUUGGUGAUGGCAAAACAGAUUCUGCGAAGCAAGGUUCAGUAGGAAAGCCAGCUGUGCCACCCAAACCACGCCUCCCACGGUCUUCCGUCAACAAAGAUGAUGUACAAAAAGCAUCCGUGAGGCAAAGGCCGAGGGCAAAAGGACGCCACAGUUCCGGAGGUGAGAUGCUCGUUGGUCUCUUAGCUAAGAGUGACGACAGCGAUAAUGAUACCGCUCUUAGUAAUGAUAUCUUCAGCAACGCCCCAUUCAUGAAACGUUCUUCCAGUUCCACUGAUGCAGUUUUAUAUUUUGCCUCUGGUUUUUCUGACGUUACAAAAUCUGCUCUUGUUGAUCAAAGGAACGGUGUUUCAAAUAGUUUUAGUGCCGAUAGUUUGAACUAUCGGUCCGAAGCAUUGCAAGAGAACUUCGAUCCAAAACAACGUGAGUCUAUGUAUGUGAAGCCCUUGUUUAAUUUUCAAACGAAAACUGUUAACACCCAAAUUGAAACCAUUCCAACAAAGCCGGUUCUUUUACAACAGGCACCGGCUGGAAUGUUGACCACGACACUUGCCGUAAAAUACGUUACCAGUCCAGACAGUGUUCCAAUGUUUUCCGAUUCAAAGUUGCAGUCAACUAAUACAAACGCGAACAGAGAUGCUGAAAAAGCGCGAGAUUCUAAUGUGAAUACACCACAGCCAAGCUAUCAAAAGUUUAAAGAUGUAUACGAUUCAGAUGAAGACGAGGUUGAUGAAUUUAGUGAUAAAACCAAGUAUUUAAAAUCUCACAAGUCAAAAAGCCCUCGUCCAGCAGAUCGAAAUAUGGAGGAUUCCGCAUUCUCGAAUAUGAGUUUCAAUGACGAAUUUGAAGACGAAGAAAAUGAAAUGCACGGUAUUGGAAUGUCUGCGUCUAUGAAUGAAGCAAAUUUAAAUUCAAUGAAAACGACACACACGCACGUGUUGAGUGUACAUAAGGGGCAAGUUGGUGGCUUCACUAACACCUCAGGGUCAUCGCCAGUGAACCAUGAAUCGACAAAGCCUGGGGGGUAUGAUACAUUUACUUGGCCUAGAAAACGGCACAAAAUUCCAUCAAAGACUCACGCUACGGCCGAGCCAUUUACAGUGAAAAAGAAAGUGGACAGCAUUUUUAAAUGAAUCAGUUUUAACCUGCGAUACAAUUUUGGAUUAUCAAAUGUCUCUGUAAAUAGAAAACUGUGUUGUUACAAAGUGGUCAUAGGUGAGAAACUGUGAUAUUUUAUGUUCCGAUAAAACUUUGUAUUUUGAUUUAAAUUAUUUUAAUC